UGGAGGGGAGCUCAUUUUCAGAGCGCAUGACUGUGUUAGAAGGGCUUCACUAGACUGUCACCGGUCAGACGCAGAGACAGACAGACAGACAGACAGACAGACAGUAAAGCCAUCUCAACCACGCCUUUAAAAGUAAAGAAUCCACAAAAGAGGAGACGGAGUGUGUAGGAUUUUUUUUUUAUUUCUCUGCCAAACUAGCCUUGCUUGAGUUUUUUUUUAAAGGGAAAGUGGUUUUUAUCUUUGGGAAGAGGGACUCUCUGGUGGAGCCGAGCAGCGGUAAGAUUCCGCUGCCCGCUUCUCUUCGUGCGUAAAAUAAAAGUUUAACACACCAAGGAGAUCAUUUGAGAGGUGUGGGAGCUCAGCAAACUCUCCGCUAUACUUCCCGGGAAUUGUAAAGCUCACACCGGACACCCACUGGAGGAGGAUUUAUAACUUUUUAACACAUUUUGUGGAGAGACACGGAGGCGGGUUGGUCUAACGGGGUAGCGGAGGAAUCCUCGUCGUUGAGCCGGGAGGAGUGCGCGCAGCGCUGGGUAGCAGACUGACCCAAAGGACGGUACCUCGGAGACAAGGUUAUGACGGAACUGAGCUGAACAUGGAGCUUUUCUGGAUUUUGUUAUUUUCUAGUGUUUAUCCUGUUGCCUGGGGCCAAGGAGUUUACGCUCCAGCCAACGCCCAGAUCGUGCACUCAGGCGCGGCGUGUAACGUCAAGGAUGAUAACAUCAGUGAGAGAAUCUACACCAUCAAAGAAGGAGACACACUAGUGCUGCAGUGUAUUGUUAAAGGCCACCCACGACCACAGGUACGGUGGACGAAGACGGCAGGCAGUGCAUCAGACAAGUUCCAGGAGACAUCCAUCUACAACGAGACGCUUCGCAUCGAGGGCAUCCAGAGGGUGCAGGGGGGUCGCUACUACUGCAAGGCCGACAACGGGGUGGGGGUGGCUGCCAUCAAGUCCAUCCGCGUAGAUGUGCAGUACCUUGACACGCCUGUUUUGACAGUGCACCAGACCAUCAGCGAUGUGCGUGGCAGUUACUACCAGGAGAAGACGGUGUUCUUGCGCUGCACAGUCAACUCCAACCCUCCCGCGCGGUUCAUCUGGAAACGUGGGAGCACGCUCAUCGAACAGAGCAAGGACAACGGAGUGGACAUCUACGAACCGCUUUACACUCAGGGUGAGACCAAGGUGCUGAAGCUGAAAAACCUCAGACCCAAAGACUUUGCUGAUUACACGUGCCAGGUGUCUGUCCGCAAUGUGUGUAACAUCGAAGACAAGUCAGUCACCUUCAGGCUCACCAAUGCCACAUCUCCCCCAAUGAUCCGGCUGUCAGUGAACGACACAGUUGUGGUGGAUCCCGGCCAGGAUGUGUUCUUAACCUGUGAGGUGACGGCAGGUUUCCCAGCCCCCACUGUGACGUGGUCUCGUUACCCCGGCCCCCUUCCCCUCAGCGCCCAAGUUCGAGGGGCAACACUGAUUAUACGGGCAGCCAUGCCGGCUGAUGCAGGCUUCUACAACUGCACGGCUGUCAACAAUGUGGGAAACCCCGCUCGCAAGAACGUCAAUCUCGUUGUCAGGACGAUGAGCAACCUGACCUUCCAGAUUACUCCAGACUCCAACAAGGACAGUGAGACCAUCCAGAUGGGUCGAGACCUCAAGCUGUCCUGCCAUGUUGAUGCCACCCCACAGGACAAGGUCAACUACACCUGGUACAAGAACGGUGCACCUGUCUUCAACUCGGAGAGCCUGAUCUUGCUGCGCAGUGACCCAGACAUGGCACCCGGCACCAGUAGUCUGGAGAUUGUGGACAUGAAGUUCAGAGACUUGGCUACAUACAGCUGUGUGGCCAACUUCCCAGGCAGCAGAGUGUCGGAGCUCCGUGUGGAUGUCAACAUCUCUCAGAACAGUGUCUCCCCUCCAGUGCUGUCAGUACCACCAGGCGGACAGGUGGUCAGUGUGCGAGAAGGAGGUAACAUUGACCUGGUGUGCUUGGUGGUGGAGGGAAAACCACGUCCACCUAUACUGUGGUCACGGACAGAGAAGGACCUGCUAAUGCCAUCAGGAAGGACCAUGGUGGAGACACCCGAUGGUCGCUUGAGACUAAAGAACGUCAGCAGGGACAUGAUGGGAGCAUACCGGUGCCAGACGGCUCCAUACAAUGGGCUUAACAUCAAACGCAGAGAGGCACAGGUCCAACUCAACGUGUUGUUUCCUCCCAUACUGGACCCAGUCUUCCAGGACAUGCGUUCUAGGAACUUCCAGAUGGUGACCCUGAGGUGUACAGUCAUGCGCUCAAACCCACCACGCCUGACAGACAUCCGGUGGUAUCGUCAGGGCGACUUAAUCCGUAUGCCCAUGCCAGACCUGAAGGAGACGCCAGAGCUGAAGUUUAAGCUGGAGCCCACCAACAAUGGCACUUAUGAGUGCCGAGUCAGCAACAGCGCAGGGACAUCAACGUGCACAUUUAAUGUAUCUGCACAACCCUAUAAUGCUGAGUUUUACUUCGACACACCCAAUCCUGUGCGAAUUCAAAAAGGAAACAACUAUUCAUACAACCUGCAGUGGACACAGAAAGAUCCAGAGGCCACAGACCACAUCAUAGGUUACUGGAUUAUCGUCCGAAAGAACAAGCAGAACCUGCCGUCGAAGCAAAUAGACCUCAAGGGCAAGGAGCCAGAGAAGGGAGUGCUGAUGUCCCACACCAUCUCAGACCUGAGAAUCCCUCUGUCCUAUGAGGUCCAUCUGGCCCCCAUCACCACCUACAGCACUGGGGACUACGUCAGUCGCAUCAUACAGUACUCAGAACCCUACACCUACCCAAGACCUUCAGAUCACGUGUGUGGUUUUGAGGAUGACAGAAUCUGCGGUUUCUCUCAAGACCGAAGUGAUGUGUUUGACUGGACGAGACAGAAUCACCUGACGCAGAAUCCCAAGCGAUCUGCCAAUACUGGCCCCGAGACUGACCGCAGUGGGACCAAGGAGGGGUACUACAUGUACAUCGAGGCAUCCCGGCCACGUGUGCAGGGGGACAAGGCUCGUCUGCUGUCUCCGCUUUUUAAUGUGACCUCAGUCAGGGGCCCCAAGGGCUCCGGCAGAGUCCCGUAUUGUGUCUCUUUCUACUACCACAUGAAGGGCAAACAUAUUGGCACUCUCAACGUGCUUCUGAGAGUGAGAAGCAUUGCCUCUGUGGACUCGGUGGUGUGGACCAAGUCUGGUCAUCAGGGCCCGGACUGGAGGAAAGCAUUCUUCGACAUCAGCCCCAGUGGACCCUUCCAGAUUGUGUUUGAAGGAAUUCGAGGCCCGAGCUUCGAGGGGGAUAUUGCCAUUGAUGAUGUGUCCAUCACCAUUGGGAAGUGCAAGCAGGAGAACACUGUAGCCAGCGCAGGUAAGACAGUUCUGAUUGGUGGAUCACACUCACUCCCAUUGGCCAGCUGGCUGACCUUUGGCCUCUCCUGCUUCCUGUCGCUACUCUACAGAUGAUGAGCACUUCCUGCGAUGCCACCUGUCUGUAGUGACAGACACUGCCCUGACUUGCGCUCUUAUACUUCUCUCUCUACCCUUCUCCCUGUCCUUUCCUCUACUUAUGUCUCCCUGACUGUCUGUCCUUCUCCACUCGAUGUCUCUCUAUCCUUCAUGCAUCCAUUUCAUCCUUCUUGCUUAGAUAAAUGGUAACACAAUGUCUUUGUCUAGUUUCUCCUCCUCUGCUUUCUUUGAACAUUUACCCCCCCAAGACACUCAGUAUAACCAACUGACGAGCAUACUGUAUUUAAAGUGAACAUACUUAAUGAUCUUUGACAGUCGAGUUUCACUUCUCUCCUUUGUCACUAUUAAUCUGAUUAGAUACACUUUAUCCAUGUCAGCGUGUCACUUUGUCACCUUUUCCUCUCCUUCAUCAACCUCCCUCAUCCAUACAUGCACCCUCUCAUGUAUCUCCACUCCCUCAACGGCCCCUCCACCCUAUUCCCCAGACACACCAAAGUGUCGGACACUCUACCAAAGAUGACAAAGGACCUGAGGGAAUAAAACAAGGGAACAGGGAUUCCAGGAAGAAAGUGAAGGAGUGAAAAGGAGAAAGUGGGUAAAAUCCUUCUUUUUCCACAAAGACCGUCUCCCUUCAGUCCCAACCUUUGGGACCAUGGGAGCUACUGAAUGACAAAGAGACGGACGAAGAGAAAAAACACUGAUGAAUGAAUGAAUGAAUAAACGAAUGAAUGCUGAGGAAAGGACGAACCAGAGACAGAGGGAUAAAGAAGUGCGCUCCUGGUAGCCUCUCUGCUUGCCCUCUGCUUGCCACAAGAGACGAACCUCAGUGCGGAUUAUACGUGUACAUUUAUCUCUAUAUAUAUUAAAUAUAACAAAGUUUAAACUAAAACACAACUAGGACAGUGGAGGACUUUACAAAGUGAAAUUAAAGAAGCACAACAUUUAUACAACCUCUGCUGAUCCUUUGGGUUUUAUUCUACUUAUUAUGUGAUGUUGCAAUUUGUCAGACCUAUACCUUUUUGAUAUUUUGCUUUUUUGUUUUUGUUUUGUUUAUGACGUUACAAGGGUCAAGGGCAAUGGUUAAUAAAGUAUUAUAUUAAUAUUUAUGAGAAGAAGAGAAGACGAUUUGUGAUCCAGAACCUGAGUUGAGCGCGAGGAGGGAAAUGCGAGGAUGACCCAAGCCACCUGGAUAGAAACCUCAACUUUUCUUGGCACAUACUGAACACACACACACACACACACACACACACACACACACACACACACACACACACACACACACACGUACAAACACACAGUUUCCUUGCUGACAUCACAACCAGGCCCUCAGCUCACCCUCUGCCUCAAAUACAUGUCUCAUCUGUGAAUGAACCGGACGGAAAACAAUGGAUGGUAGAUGCAAUUUUCACAUUUCUGCUCCCUUACCAUGAACUUCCCAUCCCUGGACAUCAUGACUCAGAUGUUCCGGAUUUAUCAACCACAACAGAAUAGCCGGACAUGUCUCUAAUGUAGAGAAAAACACAGCAUGGUAUGGGAGAGCAGAACGGAGCCUGAAGUUCAGCUGAAUACUUCUUCCUCCACAGGUUAUUGAAUGUCACGUAUGAAUUUCCCAUACACUUCUUUCACACGAGUGAAAGAUGAAGAUUGUCAGUAUCUGGCGGGUGUGCAGCGUGGAUUGCAUAUCAGAUUCUCUGUCAUUGUUUAAUUAACGUUGAAUGUCUGUAGCGUAAACAGUUUUUCAUAAUCACAUAGAUAUGAUUGUUAAAGUUAAGCAAUACUCAUAUCUAUAGCUCUAUAUACAAUAGUUUAUGAUUGCAUUUAAGAUGGCAGAAAAAAAGAAACAUCUUGUCCAAAAUACAUGGGUACUUCUUUCAUGAUUUGUCAGUUAUGAUUUAUAAUAACCAGUGUAUUCACCAUUUAUAAGAACUCCAUAAUUAAAGCUGUAGCUAUUUUAAUCUUUCAUGUGAGAGAGCGUAUUGUUGCAUUGUGCUGCAACUCAAGAGAGCUCCAUUUUCACCACUCACCCUGAUCCAGUAUCUGAUCUACUUGUGUAUGCUGAUGUGCUUCAUUAACACGUGCAUUACAUGUGAAUCAGUCCUUGUGUACUUUUGCCUUUGUCAUGUCAUGUUUGUUUGAUCAUUGCACUUUCUUUUUUUAAAGUUUUUCAUAAUUUGGGUCGCUACAAAUAGCAUUAAUGAUUUUAUAAUCAGAAAUAGUACAUAACAGAGAAAUAAUGUGCCUAUUUGAUUUGCCCCAGUCUGGUGUGAGUGGCAGUGUCCAUGUUAAUCUGGCACUAAUGGUUACUGUAUGUGUAGAGCAUCAUAUUGUGUCAUCACCAGCUUUUAGCAUACUCAAAGCUGUGUAAGGCAUGUUGGACAAAUCUGUGAAGCUCCACUGACAAUAGUCUAUGAUAAGAUGUCCCUGCAUCCCUAGCUUUAUGUCUGCCAUGAAUCUACUUUGGUGCAAUGAGUGCACCUGAUGGCAGGCUGCACCUGAAUGGAGAAUUUGAGUGACAUGCUUUCCUGUAAAUGUAGCUUGUUCAUUCUGCAAUCAUAUACUCUGAGCUGAAAAUGUUUCUUUCUUUUUAAAAUCUCCUCAAAAUGCCUCUGUUAUUUUUUCCCCAAAACACAACAUAACAAAAGUGUUUGUUUUUAGGCAUCCGUUGCAACACCUCCAAUCCCACCAGGCGAUGUGGCCAAGGGCUACAUGUGGUAUUUAUAUCAGCUUAGGUUGUAUAGUAUCAUGAGCGUUACUCAGCAUCAAAGCAGCACACUGUGGGGUCAGUACGUUAACCAUGUAGUACUAAAUACAUUUUAGAAAUCUCAUUAAGCAUCGGUGUGCAUGGCAUUUCACCGUGCUAACUGUCAACUCAUUCGUCAUAUUGCCUCAUAUGUGAAUGGCAGUAGUAACAGGGGGAACCAUUGUUGUCAUUGCAUUUGGACAUACAUCAGCUGCAAAUUAACAGACACUGUGGAAUCUUAAAAUGUUUUGUCUGUAACCUUUGUUUGUUCCCAAAAGUGACACACAAACACACUUCGGUUGUGUUUUGGCUUUUUAUGAAAAUUUAUAGCUCAAGUUUAUAGUGGAAGACAUUGCAUUUUUUUCAGGAUAUCAAAGCAUAACAUACACAUGCGUAAAUAAUUCAACCCACUGCUGAGCAUUUCAGUUAUUGUGUUGACUGGUGUGUAUUAAAAAUAUGUGGCAAUAUGGAAAGGUGGGGAAUUGAUGGCUACUGUUUCCACCAACUCCUGUAUAAUAGAGCAAUGUUUGUUUUUGUUUUGUUUUGCUUUUAUUUCCAACAAACGAAAUCCAAACUGGCACACUACAGACAACUCUGAGUCAUCAUAAACAGCGCUUGAUUCCCAGUAGAUGACCGUCCAAAUGGGAAACAGUGUUUUCAAGCAAAUGUAAAUCAAGCAACUGUCUCUUUGUUGUUGUUUUAAUACAAACAAUUUCAAUAAUGGUUUAGAAAUUACCAUUUCACAAUAUUUAGAGUGUUAUCACACCUGUAGCAACUCUUCAUUUCUCUCAUGCUGUGUCACGGACAGAUACAGAGUGAGGUCUGCAUAUAUCUUCCAUAAUAAAAUCACAUGCUGAAAUCAUAACUUAUAAUUCAAGUGACAUUUAUUAUUUCAGUAGUAUUAUGUGCUGCAUUUGUUUCAAAGUAACACCUGUCAAUAAAGGGGACAUUUUAAAAAGCAACAAAAUGAAAAGCUUUUGUCGAUAAUAUGUCCUGCGUGACAUACAGUGCUGUGGCUAAGCACAUGGAGAUGUGUAGCACAACUGUCAGAUAGCAUAGAACAGAAAUGAAUAUGACUGAUAUUUCUGAGUGUGAGAGAAGGUUGAAGGUCCAUCAGAACAUA